UCCACUCGCCUCAAUCACGACGCGAGACUUGAGCAGCGACACGAGCACAAGCGAGCGAGCGAGCGAGCGAACCUCCCGCUCGCCGGCCGGGACCGAGUCUUCCGUUCGGACCCACGCGGCUCUGAUUUGCACAGGUCCGCUGUCACCGGAAGAACAGUCCGAGACGCGCACCAUGCUGGACGGCAUAAAAAUCGAAGAGCAUCCGCUGCGAUCGGGACAAGUGCUGGGGGUCAUGCUCGGGACGGCGUGCCAGCACCAGGCGGUGUGCGAAGGCUGCCGCCGCCCCAUCUCCGACCGCUUCCUCAUGAGGGUCAACGAGUCGUCGUGGCACGAGGAGUGCUUGCAGUGCACCGUGUGUCAGCAGCCGCUCAUCACCAGCUGCUACUUCAGAGAAAGGAAACUUUACUGCAAGCACGACUACCAACAAUUGUUUGCAACCAAGUGCAGCGGCUGCACGGAGAAGAUCGCUCCGACGGAGUUUGUGAUGCGAGCUCUGGAGUGCGUCUACCACCUGAACUGCUUCUGCUGCUGCGUGUGCGACCGCCAGCUUCGAAAAGGCGACGAGUUCGUCCUGAAGGAAGGUCAGCUGCUGUGCAAGGUGGACUACGAGAGGGAGAAGGACUUGCUCAGCUCGGUCAGCCCGGACGACUCAGACUCAGAAAAAAGUGACGAGGAGGAAUUGGACAUCAAGCCAGAGAAAGGAGGCAUAGGAGCCCAGGGGAAAGGAGACGACAGCAAGGAUCCCAGGAGACCCAAAAGGCCACGGACCAUUUUGACCACUCAGCAGAGACGAGCCUUCAAGGCCUCCUUCGAGGUGUCCUCAAAACCUUGCAGGAAGGUGAGGGAGACGUUGGCUGCAGAGACAGGACUCAGUGUUCGGGUGGUCCAGGUGUGGUUCCAGAACCAGCGAGCUAAGAUGAAGAAGUUGGCCAGACGGCAGCAGCAACAGCAGGAACAACAGAAUUCCCAGCGACUCGGGCAAGAAGUCCUGUCCAAUCGGAUGGAGGGGAUGAUGAGCUCCUUCACACCUCUGCCUCCGCCGCAGCAGCAGCUGGUCGCCAUGGAUCAGAACGGCUACAGCACAGACCCUUUCCAACAGGGGCUCACCCCCCCGCAGAUGCCCGGGGACCACAUGAACCCGUACGGUAACGAUUCUGCAUUCCAUGACAUAGACAGUGACACAUCUUUAACCAGCCUAAGUGACUGCUUCAUGGCAUCAUCGGAAGUCAACUCCAUGCAGGCCCGUGUGGGAAACCCGAUCGACCGCCUGUACUCCAUGCAAAACUCAUAUUUUGCAUCAUGAAAAGACGAGGACAAGGACAAGGACAAGAACAAGAACAAGAACAAACAAACAAAAAAACAGCACAGAAUAAACCGCCCAUCUCUAGCUCAAGCCCGACGCUCGGGAGUUCGCGGAUACGACGGAAGAAAGCGCCUGCGUUGGUUUGCUCCCGGUUGCGCGAGGGCGCUUCCUCCAAGUCUGUGAAACCACUUGUAAGAAGACAGACAAGACUCCCGGGAGAAAAAAAAAGAUUCCAGCUCAUUCAGUAGGAUGGCUGAUCCCUCACUGGAGAUUCUGUAUUCCUCUUUUCUUCAUUGGCAAGUAGAUAUUAAAGCCACUGACACAAUCUCAAACCUGCAGUGAAUUUCUACAGUGCAUGAUCAAUUGUAAACCAAACUUUUCUAAUUCGCCCCCCCCCCCCCCCCCCCAGCCCCGAUUAAGAUGUGGUGUCUGGAUUGUUUCUUCUUAACACUACGUGCUUUACCAUGUUUACCGCUAGCAUUUUCAUCACUAUGGAUAGGUACUAGAUAUUGUGUUAAUAGUAAGUAGGUGCAGCAUGUCUGCAAGAGUGGCUGUACAUUCGUGUAUGUUUGAGAGUUUGUGAUGAGAAAGAAGUGUUUAGGGGACUUCAAAAAAAAGAAGAAAAAAAAAGGUGGAGAAUAUGGCGGACUAGUCAGAUCAGUGAAAUGUAAAUACUUUUCCAAGGCAAAUUGGAUGUGCAUGUUAGAAAUGGAAAGCAUUCUAUUUAUUUAACUAUAACAGGCUCUUGAAGGUACAUAUUAAAAAUGAAAAGCUUUAUUUAAAAAGGAGAACUUUUUUUGUUGAGCAAUUAGUGAGUUCACGAGUUUCACGACUUAUGUGUGUGCCAUUUUAAUAUGAAGAUUAACCCUUUUCCCCAGCCCAGCUGUAAAUGAGCAAUGUGCUAUUUAUUUCGUACAGACCAUAAACUCUUUGUUGUCAUUGUCAUACGUGCAUUCUCAAAAUGUUCAAGUUGCUAAUUGACCAAAGUUGACUGGUUUGAUGAAUAAACAAUGUCUUUCU